AGCAUCAUUCUAUAGGGACGUUGGCUUCAUGCACUUGAAAUAACGUUCCCUGCAGAAGUUAGACUGUCAGGUCUCUUAAGGACUGUGAGUCACCUGAGACCAGGGAGUACCCAGGUUCCUCAAAACGUACCUGCAGUAUCCCCGGAGCUGCUUUGGCUAAGCCAUGGCCGAGGUCCAGCAAAAUACUGCAGAGGUUAAGAAGGCUAAGGAAGUAGCGAAGGAUGACAAAAGGACAAGUGAAACUGAGGGACCCCAGAAAUUACACACGUUGAUGAAAACAAUUCCAACUGCCAAGAAGAAGUUUAAAAAGCUCCGCAAGAGGAAAAAGUCCCUUACAAGUGCCGAACUGGUGUUAGUAGAUCCAAGAUACAGUGCUUCCAAGGAGGGGCCAUUUGGUUUGGGCCCUAUAGUUUUUCCUUUUUUACAGCGUUUCAACAACAUUGAUUGCUUUAUGACUUUGUACGUUGUAGCAGUCAUAAUUCAUGGUGCUUUAUUUGCUCUUAGUGAUAAGACUUUAAACAUAUAUCAAGCUCAACUUUCUCUGUCGAAGUUAGAGAUAUAUUUCAUGGAUUUCAGUGGUUAUCUUUCAUCUUCCAUAGUAGCAAUAUUUAUAGCACACUUUGGAAGUAAAGGGAACAGGGCAAGAUGGGUUGCAGCUGCCUACACUUUAAUGGGACUUGGAUCAAUAAUAUUUGCUAUUCCUUUCUCAAUAUACAAAAUUGUAAGACCGGGAAGUCAAAAAAUAGAGUUGUGCAUGGAAGAAAACAUAAACAGAAAUCUAGAUUGUGAUGGAAACUCAAUUCCAGACAGAUUAAAAUUUAUCUAUUUCCACAUCAUCGGGCAGUGUAUCCUUGGAAUAGCAGAAAUGCCAAUUGUUAUCCUUGGCUUGACAUUCAUUUGUGACCACAUUCCCACAAGUUCAUCUGGCUUCUAUUUAGCUCUUGGACAUUCUACAUAUCUGAUGGGAUACCUUCUGGGUGUUGUAGCAGGAACGUAUAAUUUUCAGUUUCCCCCCAAAGAAAAAAUAAACGGAAUUGGACCUGCUAAUUUGUACCAACUGUUGCAGAGCAGGUGGUGGAAAUGUUUUUCGUUUAUUGCUGUAAUCUCAUUUUGUUUAUCUUUAAUGAUGGCAGGUUUUCCAACUAGUUUACCUGGUGCACACAAGUUAAGACUUGCAAAAAGAAAGGAACCUCCCACCAUUGACAGGAGAUUUAAAGAUAUGGAAAUUCAACCUCAUUUGAGUUUUUUUCAUGCUAUUUGGUAUAUAUUGAGGAACCCACUGCUGCUGACCCAGGCAAUCUACUUAAUAUCAGAGAGUUUGACUUUUAAUGCAUCUUUAUACUUUUUGCCUUAUCAUUUACAAAGUCAGUUUUUACUAACGCCCAAAAUUGCCUCUCUGCUCACAGGACUAUUUGUACUUCCGGGAGGUGUAAUUGGCCAUUUUCUUGGAGGUGUAAUUGUUGACAGAUUGGAAAUGACUAAUAAGAACAAGUUGAAGUUUUCAUUAGUGACAACUGUUGUAUCAGUUGCACUUUUUCUACUAAUCUUUUUUGUAGAGUGUGAAACAACAGCAUUUGCUGGAAUCAAUGAAGAUUAUGAUGGCUUUGGUAGACUUGGAAACCUCACAGCUGAGUGCAAUGAGUACUGUGAUUGCACAACUUCCCUAUAUAGUCCUGUAUGUGGAAGAGACGAAAAAGAGUAUUUCUCUCCCUGCUUUGCAGGCUGCAAGUCUACUAAAGUAUUCCAGAAUGCAAAGACAUUCUACAAUUGCUCUUGCAUUAGAGAAGGAUUGACAACUUCAGAUGACAAUGGUCACUUUAUUGAUGCUUUUGAUGGAAAAUGUAAUACCAACUGUCUUACAUUACCUUUGUUUUUUGCCUUUUACUUUUCUGCUACUGUUUUUUCUAAUAUGGGUAGUAUACCUGCCAUCUCAAUUAUCAUCCAAAGUGUACCUGUCAAUUUCAGUUCACUUGGCAUGGGUGUGACCUACACAAUGUUGAAAUUUACUGCAUCAGUCCCUGAACCAUUCUUGUUUUCACUGGCAUCAACUAUAGCUUGUAUAUACUGGGACACUAAUAGAUGUGGAGUCAAAGGACGUUGUUGGAUUUAUGAUAAGAAAACACUUGUCCUCGAAUUUAUGGGAAUAUGGGUUACUUUUGAAUUAAUUACAGUCUUGUUGAACAUUUAUGCAAUUCAAGUAUAUGAUUUUGUGGUAAAAGGAGAAAUCACUGAGAGCAAAACCAAACUUGUAAAAGUUGAAAAAGAAAUAAAAGAAAGAAAAGCUUAAUUUCUAAAUGAUUUCUUCAACGGGACUAGAGAAUCUGUGAAGUUCUGAGUUCUAAGGACAGCAAUCUAUUUUUUGGAGAUUUCAUAAAAUGUAGCUGUGCUGUAAUUUCAGAAGAGAAAAAGAACAUUAAAGCAUCUAUGUGCUAUCUUUAUUUUCAUAAUUAAAAUACUCAAAUGAAACAUC